GGUCAAAGCCCUUGGUAAGUAGCUUAGUGUUCCCUCUCUGUCCCUGGCCUCCAAUCCUCUAACUAACCUAGGAAAACACUCUCCUCAGGAUAGCAUACCGUCUGACAGACAGACCAACUUCCCUCACUAGGUAAGAACUAUAUUAUAUGUUUGUUAUCUUGAUGUCAUGCAGUUGUGUUGGAAACAGUUGGUAAACUAUUUCUUUUUUAAGGUCAGUCAAUCCAGAAAAUGUCAAGAACUUUUAAAGUUUCUUCAAGUGCAGUUGCAAAAACCAUGAAGCGCUAUGAUGAAACUAGCUCUCAUGAGUUACCUCUGCUUCAGAGGAUAAAUUCAUUAGAGAUAACUGCACCUCAGAUUGCAGCCCAAAUAAAUGCUUCACAGGGUUCAAGUAACAGAUACAUCUCAACAUCAACUGUUCAGAGGAGACUGCCUGAAUCAGGCCUUCAUGGUCGAAUUGCUGCCAAGAAACCACUACUACAGGACACCAAUAAGAAGAAGAGACUUGCUUGGGCCAAGAAACACGAGCAAUGGACAUUAGACAGGUGGAAAUCUGUCCUUUGGUCUGAUGAGUCCAAAUUUGAGAUUUUUGGUUCCAACCGCCGUGUCUUUGUGAGAUGCAGAGUAGGUGAACGGAUGAUCUCCGCAUGUGUGGUUCCCACCGUGAAGCAUGGAGGAGGUGUGAUGGUGUGGGGGUGCUUUGCUGGUGACACUGUCUGUGAUUUAUUUAGAAUUCAAGGCACACUUAACCAGCAUGGCUACCACAGCAUUCUGCAGCGAUAUGCCAUCCCAUCUGGUUUGCGCUUAUGGGACUAUCAUUUGUUUUUCAACAGGACAAUGACCCAAAACACACCUCCAGGCUGUGUAAGGGCAAUUUUACCAAUAAACUGUUGGAAAAGCAUUCCUCAUUAAGCUGGUUGAGAGAAUGCCAAGAGUGUGCAAAGCUGUCAUCAAGGCAAAGGGUGGCUACUUUGAAGAAUAUAAAAUAUAAAUAAUAUUCUGAUUUGUUUAACACUUUUUUACAAAUCUCCGCUGUUGAAAACGAAAUGUUAGUCUAAAAGAAAUGUGAGAUAAUGUCUAGAUGCUUUUUAUAGUGGAGAUCAAGUUUAUAAAUUGCCUGGUUGGGCUGAUGAGACAAUUGAUUGCAGAGACAGUUGAUUGCGCAGUCAGAUGGAACAGAGUAAAUAGGCAUUUUAACGUCAGAUUUAGCCGGUGGCAAUUUGUGGAAUAGACACCGACUGGAAUGCGGUUUUAACCAAUCAGCAUUCAGGAUUAGACACACCCGUUGUAUAAUUCUACAGUGUGUAUAUCUCCACCCUUGUGUAUCUGUUACAGCCAGCAAUGUAUUUAUACAGUAUUUGUCUGUAUCAGAUUGUGGUUAUCUAUCUGUUCUAUUUCUACAGUGUGUAUAUUGCAGGUCAUUAUAUAUCUGUUCUAUUUCUACAGUGUGUAUAUUGCAGGAUAUUAUCUGUUCUAUUUCUACACUGUGUAUAUUGCAGGUCCAUAUCCAGCUCUGUGUGUCUAUGAUUCAUUCCCCAGACUAUCACUAUCAGUUACCUAUCCCAACCAUUAUACACAAUGUGUAAUAAUUUACAUCCAAGUGUGUGUGUGUGUGUGUGUGCGUCUCCCAAAAUAGGCCUACUGCUCUCUCCUUCUCUGAGCAGGAUCAGGCAGGAGGGAGAUUACCCACUGCUUAUCCUCAAUACAAUUGGCAGCACACACACACCUACACACACACUCACUCCCUCUCUCUCAUUCUCUCCUCUCGCUCUGUCUCUUAUUCACUAUCUCUCUCUAACUGACUCACACAUACACACAUUCUCUCUCUCUAUCUCUUUUUCUCUUUCUCACUCACACACACAAAAUAGCAAUGCUUCCUUCAGGUGAAUCGAUAACAGUGUGUGUGUGUGUGUUAUCUCUCAUACCUGAAUGUUAACGUUGUGUUCCUCUUCUCCCCUAUACAGGUGUGUGGUUAACCAGCUGCAGCCAUGUGUGACCAGACGUUUGUGGCCAUCACCUUCGGGCCGUGUGAUAGCUGCUCGGAGAACCGCCCCUUGAUGAACCUGUACAUCAAGACUGAACCCAUCAACUACUGCUCACUAUGCAUGGAGAUUGUACGUCCCUUAACCCCUGACCUCUAACCUCUGAGUCUAACCCAUCUAACUGCUCCAUCCAGGACCUAUACAAACCUUUAAGAUCUUCACAAAUGCCCAGGGGUUAGGGGUAGAUUUGAGAUUCUUUAUGUAUUUUUAGGGGGUUGGAGAGGGCCCCUUCUGAGAAUGCAGCCUCCCUAUCUGUCUGAUAUACAGUAGCAGAGAGCCUCUUUCAGAACGCACACACAUACACACUCACACCAUGCCUGGAUGAAUUCACCACCUCAUCUUAUCUGUACUCCCUUCUCUCUGGCAGCUCAUCCACACUGAUAGCAACCUUGUCUUUCACUUCUCUAAACAGCAAUAGGCCUACUAUAGGUGCAAAUACACUUUUUAAAGGGAAAACACAUACAUUUCAACAAGUAAACUCAUUGCAAUGUGGUUCAAUAAAAUAAGGAAACUGUGCUUUUCCUGUAAAGUGUUUAAAUUAAUAUUAUUAGAGAAAAAAAUAGGCUAUAUUUAGUGAAAUUACUACCAAAGACAGUCAUAGUGGCAUCUCUGUGGCGAGAAAGACAGAUAUAGAAAGAGGGAGAGAGAGAAAGAGGUAGAGACUUGCCUGAGAGCAAGUGAGAGAAGAGACAGGGAAAGAGGGGGAGAGAAGGAGAACGUCAGCGCGGCAGCAGCAUCAGGGGCAUAUUCAUUAGUCCAAACAGUUGCAAAACGUAACGUUUUGGAAGUAAAACGAGAGUUUAUAUUGGACAAAUUCAGCUAGGUCUCUCCCCAUUUCGUUCCGUUUGCUUCCGUUUAAGAAACGUUUUGCAACAGAAUUGGCGUAAUGAAUACGCCCCAGCUGUAGGAAAGCAGACAGCCGCCUUGACAGGCGCAGCCAGUGCGCGACUAAAAACAUGGUCUUGCCGGUCCCUUUUCUUUCCUUUCCCCGGUUCCCUUCUUUUGUUCCUCCUCUCCUCUAAAGAUGGCGUGCCAGGGCCUUGCGAGCGGCGAAACUCUGAAGUCGCUGAAGGCGGAGAGCGAGACGCUGAGGAAGAAGCUCGAGGAGGAGCGGAAGAAGCUGCACGAUGUGGAGUGUGAGUGUUUAAUGGGAGGGAGGGAGAGGGGCCUCGCGAUGCGCUAAAUGUUUACCGACUGUACCCCAAACAUGUUGCGCUGAAACUGUUAUUAUAUCCGAUAUGUAAGGUCCAUUAUUGCAGAGAUUUGCCCGUGGCUAUGAAACCGCAUUAGAUAUGCUACCAUAAUAUAGUUAAUAUAGUGCAUUGCAGGAAGGUUCUCCUGCAACAGGGUGAUCAAAAAAGAUCCUAUUUAUUAAUUUACACGACAAUUCAUUGUCAUUACUGGAGUUUUUAACUGUGUGUGUGUGUGUAGUGGAGAAGGUAGCUGAGAAGGCAGAAGCUCUGGGUGAGUUAAACAUGAAGACUAGGAGGACACUGAAGGGCCAUGGUAACAAGGUGCUCUGUAUGGACUGGUGCAAAGACAAACGACGCAUUGUCAGCUCCUCACAGGUAUACAUACACACAACUUUAGGCCUGAACAGCUCCCCUCUCCCCCUAUUCUCCCUCCCCUUUCUCUCCUCCCUCUCCACCCUCUCCCCCUCGCCCUCUAGCCUUCCGUCCUCCUUCUAUUCUACUGUAAUUAGUGUGUUUUAGUCACAGCCCUGUCCAUGGCGCUGAACUCCCUGACACCCAACUUUCAUCCAUUACUCUUCCCUCCUCCCCCCUCCCUCAUCCCUUAUUUAUUCCUCCCUCCUCCCCUCUUCAUUCCUCCCUCCCUUCUUCCCUCCUCUCCCUCUCUCCUCCCCUCUCAUCCUCCCCUCUCUCACUCCCCUCUUCACUCUCUCAUCCUCCCUUCUUCCCUCCUCUCCCUCUCUCCUCCCCUCUUCAUUCCUCCCUCCCUUCUUCCCUCCUCUCCCUCUCUCCUCCCCUCUUCAUUCCUCCCUCCCUUCUUCCCUCCUCCUCCCCCUCUCUCCUCCCGUCUUCAUUCCUCCCUCCCUUCUUCCCUCCUCCCGUCUUCAUUCUUCCCUCCCACCUCCCCUCUUCCUCCCUCCCACCUCCCUUCUUCAUUUCUCCCUCCCUCCCUGCCUCCUCCAUUCUCAGACACACUGAACAUGUUAUUCUCACCAGGCAUUUAAUAGUAAUCUCUCCCUGUAUGUCCAUGUGAUCUGUAUGCUUCUUUUCCUUGUCUUCUGUCUACCAGGAUGGGAAGGUUAUCGUGUGGGAUGCUUUCACCACCAAUAAGGUUAGUAAAAGCAGCCUGAGUGUGUGAGUGCGCUAAUGGCUGCCUAAUCCAGUCCCAUGGUGGAGCAGUCUUAACCAGGCUGCUAAGAGCAUAGUUCCAUUAACACUAGAGAGUGGAGUGAGUGUGCUUAUUUACGUUAAUGUAUAUGCACAAUGUGUUCUAGGAACAUGCAGUGACCAUGCCGACUACGUGGGUGAUGGCGUGUGCCUACGCCCCCUCUGGCUGUGCCAUCGCCUGUGGGUGGGUCUGACCCUAACCUCUGACCUUUAACCCCUUAGCCCCAAGAAAAGUAUUGGCUUGAUGCUAAAGUAUUGGCUUGAGGGCUUGAUGUUAAAGUAAAGGCCAACAAAUAUCUCUCUCCUCUGUCUGUCUCUCUGUCUGACAGGGGAUUGGAUAAUAAGUGUUCGGUGUACCCUCUCUCAUUGGACAAGGACGAGAACUUGGCGGCUAAGAAGAAGUCGGUUGCCAUGCACACCAACUACCUGUCCGGCUGCACAUUCACCAACUCUGACAUGCAGGUUAGGGACUAGACACAUGCACCCACACCCACACACGCACACACACAGACACAAACACACUCAGACACAGGCGCACACAACACAACGAGGAGAGAGGGAGAAGGAAAUCGAUUUGAGAUUUUCAGAACAAGGAGGUGAGAAUGGAUAGAGAGAGGGAGGAAUAGAGGGAAGAUAAUAUUAGAUGGAGGAUAUAAGGCUGUUAAUAAUUCAUCUCUGCUAGACAGAGAGGAACUGUUGAGAAUGAUAGGGGGAUGAGGAAGAGGAGAGGAGAGGGUGAUGAGAGAGAAGGUGAUGAGAGAGAGAGAUGGCCCUCCAUUAUGAGUGUAUUACUAGACAUUAAGAGGCCUUUAUCUGUCAGAGCUGAAAACUCAUACCUACGGGCACACGCUCACAAUAUCUGUCUACCUAAUGUACUGGGGUCUGUUAGUGGCUGUUGCUGCCUGUGUGCGUGUGGACGGGGUGAACGUGGGGUGGUGUUUGUGUGUUUGCCUGUGUGUGUGUCAAGCUUGCGCUCUCUCGAGAGAGAAAGAAAGAGUGGAGGAGAUGUAGAAGAAGAGAUAGAAGUGGUCAAGAGUUUUAAGUGCCACAUCUGUGAGGAGAGGGACCUGUAAAGAGGAAGCUGUAAUAUAAUACAGGAAACACACAGAGACAGACACAUCUCCUCUCCUCUAACAGGAAUAAAGCACAGGGCUGUGGAGAGUUGAGACUACAUUGUCCCAGUCAGUCUCAGUUCAGUCUCAGUUUCAUAUCUUUAUUGUCUGAUGGGGAUGUUUCAUAUCUUUGUCUGACUGACAGGGGGAUGUUUCAUAUCUUCCGUUUGGUUCUGUUUGCUUCCUAGUGAAUAUACAGUUAGCACAUUUGGUUCCUUGGAAGUUGUGGGAACAUGUGAUUUUGGUUUCACAUUGGUUGUGAGAAUGAAGCCAUACAUUUCCUGACCGUUAAAACUGAAAAAAUGUCAACGUUUUGAGAACAGAAAUAAAAAUGUGUCCUGUUCUGGGAAUGUUCAUUUUUAGGUUGCAGGGAGGUUGUGAGAAUGUUUUACUUUGGUUCCUUGAACGUUUUCCUGGGAGGUUUUAUUAACACUCUGAGAAUAUACAUUAUUAUUAUAAUUCGAACUUAAUUAUAGGUUAUUUGGAGGUUUUUGAAUAACUUCCUCUGAAUGUUUCAAUAAGACGUUUAAUAACACUGCUAGCUUAUUUUGGGUUAACUUUUUUGACGUCCAAGCAUGAAUGGACACUUGGAAAUUAAUUUCCUUAGGCAUUAAUCAAGCAAAUACAUUUAUUUUGUGUGACACGGCAUCAGUGAGAAUUGAACCUAUAAUCUUCUGUUCUCUGUCCAUGGAAUUAGUCCACUGCGCCACCAGGAUGGCGCUAGCAUGCCAUGUUGUUUCACACAUACAAAGCUGUUAAUUUGUGUCUAUUCAAACAGACCCCAUUUCAAAGGAAACAAGCACUCAUUAAGAUCAGGUGUGGCCAAUUAAUGGGCGCGGCCAAAACACCUGAACACAAUUAACAAGAGGAUAGAGAGAGUUUUGUUGAUGCUAAGAACAGAAUGUAUAUGUUUUUGAAUAGCAUUCUUAGCAUGUUCUCUGAAUGUUACAAAAGUUUUCUGGUGGUUUUUAUGGAAAGUUUUAUUAACGUUCUCUGAACAAUUUGAGAACAUUACUUUAAAUAGAACCAAUAAGGAAACCUGUAGGAAACGUUAUGCUGAAGUACUGAAAUUCCCACAGAAGAACGUUGUUUCUUAACGUUCUCAGAACUAUUUGAGAACAUUCCCAAUGUCAAGAACAUUACCAAAAUUGAAAUGAAAUGCAACCAUGUUUGAACUUUUAGGAAACUUUCUGUUAAAGUAAUGAAAUACCAAGAAAAUAUAUUUUUUUUGUUAAGUUCCUUAAAUGUGCUGAGAAUGUUCAAAGCCAAGCAACUAUCCUGCACCGUUCACAGAAAGUUGUGGGAAGGUUGUAUGCAAAAUAAUCAUAGGACAACCACUCUCUCACCAAGCUCUAAGAAACAUAUGGUUCUCAGAACGUUGUACGCUAGCUGGGUACACCCCAGUAGUUAAGCUCUGUGGAAUGGACAUAGAUUACAGUGGCUUGCGAAAGUAUUCACCCCCCUUGGCAUUUUUCCUAUUUUGUUGCCUUACAACCUGGAAUUUAAAUUGAUUUUUUGGGGGUUUGUAUCAUUUGAUUUACACAAUAUGCCUACCACUUUGAAGAUGCAAAAUAUAUUUUAUUGUGAAACAAAUAAGACAAAAAAACAACUUGAGCGUGCAUAACUAUUCACCCCCCCCCCACACACACACAAAGUCAAUACUUUGUAGAGCCACAUUUUGCAGCAAUUACAGCUGCAAGUCUCUUGGGGAAUGUCUCUAUAAGCUAGGCACAUCUAGCCACUGGGAUUUUUGCCCAUUCUUCAAGGCAAAACUGCUCCAGCUCCUUCAAGUUGGAUGAGUUCCGCUGGUGUACAGCAAUCUUUAAGUCAUACCACAGAUUCUCAAUUGGAUUAAGGUCUGAGCUUUGACUAGGCCAUUCCAAGACAUUUAAAUGUGUCCUCUUAAACCACUCGAGUGUUGCUUUAGCAGUAUGCUUAGGGUCAUUGUCCUGCUGGAAGGUGAACCUCCGUCCCAGUCUCAAAUCUCUGGAAGACUGAAACAAGUUUCCCUCAAGAAUUUCCCUGUAUUUAGCGCCAUCCAUCAUUCCUUCAAUUCUGACCAGUUUCCCAGUCCCUGCCGAUGAAAAACAUCCCCACAGCAUGAUUCUGCCACCACAAUGGGGAUGGUGUUCUCGGGGUGAUGAGAGGUGUUGGGUUUGCGCCAGACAUAGCGUUUUCCUUGAUGGCCAAAAAGCUCAAUUUUAGUCUCAUCUGACCAGAGUACCUUCUUCCAUAUGUUUGGGGAGUCUCCCACAUGCCUUUUGGCGAACACUAAAUGUGUUUGCUUAUUUUUUUGUACAGCUUAAAGUAGUCCUAUGGACAGAUACUCCAAUCUCCGCUGUGGAGCUUUGCAGCUCCUUCAGGGUUAUAUUUGGUCUCUGUUGCCUCUCUGAUUAAUGCCCUCCUUGCCUGGUCCGUGAGUUUUGGUAGGCGGCCCUCUCUUGGCAGGUUUGUUGUGGUGCCAUAUUAUUUCAAUUUUUUAAUAAUGGAUUUAAUGGUGCUCCGUGGGAUGUUCAAAGUGUCUGAUAUUUUUUUAUAACCCAACCCUGAUCUGUACUUCUCCACAACUUUGUCCCUGACCUGUUUGGAGAGUUCCUUGGUCUUCAUUGUGCCGCUUGCUUGGUGGUGCCCCUUGCUUAGUGGUGUUGCAGACUCUGGGGCCUUUCAGAACAGGUGUGUGUAUAUAUACUGAGAUUAUGUGACAGAUCAUGUGACACUUAGAUUGCACACAGGUGGACUUUAUUUAACUAAUUAUGUGACUUCUGAAGGUCAUUGGUUGCACCAGAUCUUAUUUAGGGGCUUCAUAGCAAAGGGGGUGAAUACAGUGAGGGGAAAAAGUAUGUCAAAAAUGUUAUAAAUUUAUUUGCAUUUUAAUGAGGGAAAUAAGUAUUUGACCCCUCUGCAAAACAUUACUUAGUAUUUGGUGGCAAAACCCCUGUUGGCAAUCACAGAGGUCAGACGUUUCUUGUAGUUGACCACCAGGUUUGCACACAUCUCAGGAGGGAUUUUGUUCCACUCCUCUUUGCAGAUCUUCUCCAAGUCAUUAAGGUUUCGAGGCUGACGUUUGGCAACUCGAACCUUCAGCUCCCUCCACAGUUUUUCUAUGGGAUAAAGUUCUGGAGACUGGCUAGGCCACUCCAGGACCUUAAUGUGCUUCUUCUUGAGCCACUCCUUUAUUGCCUUGGCCGUGUGUUUUGGGUCAUUGUCAUGCUGGAAUACCCAUCCACGACCCAUUUUCAAUGCCCUGGCUGAGGGAAGGAGGUUCUCACCCAAGAUUUGACGGUACAUGGCCCUGUCCAUCGUCCCUUUGAUGUGGUGAAGUUGUCCUGUUCCCUUAGCAGAAAAACACCCCCAAAGCAUAAUGUUUCCACCUCCAUGUUUGACGGUGGGGAUGGUGUUCUUGGGGUCAUAGGCAGCAUUCCUCCUCCUCCAAACACGGCGAGUUGAGUUGAUGCCAAAGAGCUCGAUUUUGGUCUCAUCUGACCACAACACUUUCACCCAGUUCUCCUCUGAAUCAUUCAGAUGUUCAUUGGCAAACUUCAGACGGCCCUGUAUAUGUGCUUUCUUGAGCAGGGGGACCUUGCGGGCGCUGCAGGAUUUCAGUCCUUCACGGCAUAGUGUGUUACCAAUUAUUUUCUUGGUGACUAUGGUCCCAGCUGCCUUGAGAUCAUUGACAAGAUCCUCCCAUGUAGUUCUGGGCUGAUUCCUCACCGUUCUCUUGAUCAUUGCAACUCCACGAGAUGAGAUCUUGCAUGGAGCCCCAGGCCGAGGGAGAUUGACAGUUAUUUUGUGUUUCUUCCAUUUGCGAAUAAUCACCCACCAACUGUUGUCACCUUCUCACCAAGCUGCUUGGCGAUGGUCUUGUAGCCCAUUCCAGCCUUGUGUAGGUCUACAAUCUUGUCCCUGACAUCCUUGGAGAGCUCUUUGGUCUUGGCCAUGGUGGAGAGUUUGGAAUCUGAUUGAUUGAUUGCUUCUGUGGACAGGUGUCUUUUAUACAGGUAACAAGCUGAGAUUAGGAGCACUCCCUUUAAGAGUGUGCUCCUAAUCUCAGCUUAAUACCUGAAUAAAAGACACCUGGAAGCCAGAAAUCAUUCUGAUUGAGAGGGGGUCAAAUACUUAUUUCCCUCAUUAAAAUGCAAAUCAAUUUAUACGAUUUUGGAUAUGCGUUUUUCUGUCUCUCACUGUUCAAAUAAACCUACCAUUAAUUAUAGACUGAUAAUUUCUUUGUCAGUGGGCAAACGUGCAAAAUCAGCAGGGGAUCAAAUACUUUUUUCCCUCACUGUACAUAUGCACGCACCACUUUUCCGUUAUUUAUUUUUUUGAAUUUUUUAAAAUAAGUUAUUUUUUUCAUUUCACUUCACCGAUUUUGACUAUUUUGUGUUUGCCCAUUUUACAUUAAAUCCAAAUAAAAAUCCAUUUAAAUUACAGUGUUGACUUCUCUCUUAGUGGUAAGAUGUGGACAAAAGUCAUCAACUAUUUGACAAAUAAUACCAAUUUUUAUUAGCUUCCUCUAAACAGAGACUAGAGUCAACUAAACAUGCAUUGGUUCCCCCGAUCGUGAACAGAUUUACAAUUAUGCUGUUGGACAUUUACUGGUGUUGUUGUGCUGUUAUUAUUGGAUGUUGUUGUCCCAGGCAAUACUUUCCCAUCUUCACUUUGCCUCUUUCACUUUCUUUCUUACCGGGUGUGAUGAUGCAAUAGAUAUACUGCCAUGGCCUUGAUAACCGUGAAGGGAUUUUAUUUGAUCUUAUCUGAUUUCGUGUGUAGGCCGAGACUGGAGUUAUUUUUUUCAUUUCACUUCACCGAUUUUGACUAUUUUGUGUUUGCCCAUUUUACAUUAAAUCCAAAUAAAAAUCCAUUUAAAUUACAGGUUGUAAUGCAACAAAAUAGGAAAACGCCAAGGGCGAUGAAUACUUUUGCAAGGCACUGUAGUUAUAUUACCCCAAACUACCACAAAAGGGUAGGAGGAUCACACAUUGCCCCAUGUUUAGGAAUACAUCAUAGUGUGUGUUUCAAUAUUCUGACAAACUGUUUGUGUGUUUGCUUGUGCGUGUGUGUCCAUGCGUGCAUGUGUGCGCGUUGCAUGCGUGCGUAUGUGUAGAUCCUGACGUCCAGUGGUGACGGUACCAGUGCGCUGUGGGAUGUGGAGAGUGGUCAGCUGUUGCAGAGUUUCCACGGUCACUCUGCUGAUGUCCUCACUCUGGACCUCGCCCCCUCUGAGACUGGAAACACCUUCGUCUCCGGGGUCUCUGUCUGUCUGUCUGUCUGUCUGUCUGUCUCUCUCUCUUUCUGUCUCUCUCUCUCGCUCUCUUCUGUCUCUCUCUCUCUCUCUCUCUCUCUCUCUCUCUCUCUCUCUCUCUCUCUCUCUCUCUCUCUCUCUCUCUCUCUCUCUCUCUCUCUCUCUCUCUCUCUCUCUCUCUCUCUCUCUCUCUCUCUCUCUCCCCCCUCCCCUAACCUGUCUGUGUGUUCGUUCCAGGGUUCUGAUAAGAAGGCUAACGUUUGGGACUUGCGCUCAGGGCAGAACGUCCAGUCGUUUGAUACCCACGACUCUGACAUCAACUGUGUCAAGUAAGUAGCAGGAUCCACAUCAACCCUUUAUACAGCCUCACUGUCUACAGAUCUCCUAUCUUUAUAGUAUCCACAUAAUCUCUACAGUACAGCAUCCAUCGACCCUAAACCUAACCCUUCAUACAGCUUAGUGCCCAUGUCAUCCUCUUUAGUCCUCUCACUCUCUCUCUUUCUCUCUCUCGCGCUCUCUUGCUCGCUCUCUCUCUCUUUCUCUCUCUCGCUCUCUCUCUCUCUCUCUUUCUCACUCUCGCUCGCUCUCUUUCUCUCUCCAGGUACUACCCCAGUGGCGAUGCUUUUGCCUCUGCUUCUGACGACUCUACAGUGAGUUUAUAACACACUUAUACACCCUACUUAGUACACUACUCUUGAGCAAAGCCACAUAGUUGCCACUAAAAAGCUGUAAUCAAAGGUAGUGCACUAUAAAGGGAAUAUGGUGACACUUGAGAGAUGAUUUACCUUUGAUGUGAUUCUGUGUGUUGUGUGUGGCAGUCGGACAGUCUGUCUCAAUAACACCAUUGAUUUAAUCGAUUAUCUCAGAGAGAUUAUGUUAUCUUACUGUGAUGUCACUGGUCAAAGACCACUCUUUUCUUUGACCACAUCAUACAGUACAUGUGUCAAAGCAUCCCACUGUUUUACAUUACUACACAGGUUUGUAUUGUUUUGAGAAGUGUUAUUCGGGCCAAGGAGCAAAAAUGCAAUACAUUACAAUAUAACUUUAUUGUACCUCAUGGGAAAAUUACAAUGUGACUUUAUUGUCUCUCAUGAGGAAAAAUGCCGGGCCUUUGAGUUCACAACACAGAAUUAAACUAGCAUGUGAUGGGUUAAAAAAUAAAUAUAUUUUUUUAUGUCCCAUUGAUUGUGUGUGUGUGUUCCAGUGCCGUCUGUUUGAUCUCAGGGCUGAUCGUGAGGUGUCCAUCUACUCCAAAGACAGCAUCAUAUUUGGAGCCGCCAGUGUUGACUUCUCUCUUAGUGGUAAGAUGUGGACAAAAGUCGUCAACUAUUUGACAAAUAAUACCUAUUUUUAUUAGCUUCCUCUAAACAGAGACUAGAGUCAACUAAACAUGCAUUGGUCCCCCGAUCGUGAACAGAUUUACAAUUAUGCUGUUGGACAUUUACUGGUGUUGUUGUGCUGUUAUUAUUGGAUGUUGUUGUCCCAGGCAAUACUUUCCCAUCUUCACUUUGCCUCUUUCACUUUCUUUCUUACCGGGUGUGAUGAUGCAAUAGAUAUACUGCCAUGGCCUUGAUAACCGUGAAGGGAUUUUAUUUGAUCUUAUCUGAUUUUGUGUGUAGGCCGAGACUGGAUUAUACCCCCAAAAAACGUUAAUUCUCUGUGUGUUAUAUGAUUGUAGCGGUACAAAGUAUUUUGUUUUUAUAUGGCUGUAUAAAGAUUAAAGUUAAUUAUCAAACUUGUGAUAGAGAUCAUACUUCAGCCAAGAUGGGGAAUUUAAUCCACUCUGCCAUCUGGAGUUUUGCUACAUUUGACCACCCACUGUAUUCCAUGGAAUUUAGAGCUGAUUUAUUAUUCAUUCUAUUAGCCUCUGUCAAAUGCACUUUAAACUGUAAUAAAUCUGUUCUGUGAUAUCCUCUAGCUAAUAUUCUAGAAUCUCUUUCUCUCUCUCUCUCUCUCUCAGGUCGUCUGUUGUUUGCUGGCUAUAAUGACUACACCAUCAACGUGUGGGACGUCCUGAAGGGGACCAGAGUAGCCAUCCUGUUUGGUCAUGAAAACAGAGUCAGCUCACUCAGAGUCUCUCCUGAUGGAACCGCUUUCUGCUCUGGGUCCUGGGACAACACUCUACGGGUGAGACACGAGAGAGAGAGAGGGGUAGGGGGGUCGGAAGGGAGAUGAAACAAGGAGGGACAACACCUUAUGGGCUAGAGAGAGGGGGAGAGUUUGUGGUAAACCCUGGUUCUGCAGAGUCAUGCAUCAGAUAAUCCCCACAUCACAAUAAUCUAGUACAUACUUCUGUUUUCCUCUGUAGCCACAAUAUAUGACAUGGAAACCACCCACUGAGAGAUACUGUAGUAGUUGUUCUUCAUUAAUGUCUGUGGAAGUACAGUAACACAGCAUUAGUGUUCCCUCUGGUGAUCUCACUUACAUUUGACAUUUUAGUCAUUUUAGCAUUUUAGGAUUCUCCAUCUCCCCAAAAAUCUGACUCCUAUCAAGGUUUCUUCCUUCCAGGGAGUUUUUCGUUGCCACUAUGCUGCUGCUUGCUCUUUGGGGUCUAGACCGGGUUACUGUAAUGUACUUUUUGUGUUGUUGUUCAAAUGUCCUAAUGAAUACAAUGUGAUUUACUGAUGUUCUGUGCUCUUUCUCUAACAGAUAUGGGCCUAGAGCUGCUGUGAUGUCAUCAGAGCGAGACCGAACCGCUGGAAGUCAGGGGUCAGAGGUUAAGGGUCAGGACCAGAGUCAUGUGACCAGUAGACCCAGAGUGCCCCUGGAGCACACACUGCCGCAGAAAGAGUCUGCCUAUAGAAACUCUAUUAAGUUACACACACACAAUAAUAAACUAUCUAGGUUUGGCUCCCAGAAACUAUUUAUUUGAUUGAAGUUGGACUAUACCAAAUGCUCAUCAGGUCAAUGUUUAUACACCCUAGUCCCCCUUUAAACCCCUGUUACCUGCUUCACAGUCUGUAGUUUACCAGUCAGUCAGUCUGCCCAGAGUCUAACAAUCGCUCAGAUCGAAAGUGCAAUACUACUGUUAUAUACAAUCAGACCAUAGACUGUGGUUAGCCAGAGAGGGAGAAAGAGGGAGUGUUUGAAAUAUUGUUAAUUUGUAAUCAUAGUGUUCUUCUUGUGAAAUAAAUACAUGUUAUUUAAAUGAUUGAUGAAUGGUGUGUUAAAAGUGUGUUUUAUGCUAUGGUUAUGAUGAUGAUGAUAGUAUGGAGACUGUGGUAUUUCCAUUACAUCUGAUUCUCUUCUAGCGGAAGAAAAUACAAUUCAGGGAAAUGCCAUUUUUUGUGACGUUCUUGGUGAGGCGGAACCGACAGUAUAAAGAAUGGCGAGAGGCUGGUGAGGGGGAAAUACCGUUGACGACAGCGAUCUUCCUUCUUCCGUUUGUACUUGGAGAAAGCAGUCUGAUCGCUGGGAGGGUGAGAUUUUGAAAACCCUUUUUCUACCUAUUCUACAUAUUUUUUUCUUCAACUCCAACUAUUCUUGUAUACGUUAGUAAAGCUUCGGUUUUAUAAACUUUGAGUGAAUGGAUCGAUGCGGUUUGAUAUACUGACGUUGUUCGCUUCCCCGGUUUCUCUGGUCCUUUGUGUGUCAAUAUUCAUUGACAGAUCCAGCUACGCUAGUUAGCUAUCAGCUGCUAGCCAGAAACGGCUAACGUUCGCGAGAAGGCUUUCUUACUCAUAUCCAAACCAAGACUGGUUGUCUAUUUUCCAAUGUUGAUGUUGACAAAAAAAUGUAAAACAAUCCAACCACUUAACGUUAGCUAGAUAUCUAACUUAGCUGGCUACAGUAGCUAGAUUGCGAUUUAUCAUUGUGUGAUGAUUUGCCUGCGAUUUGACAGUCAAGCUAGCAAGUACAAAGAUGUCCGUUUUCAAGUCAAUUCAGUUGGCUUUAUACAGUAGCUAGCUAACGUAUUAGCUCUAGCUACAACCUUGUUUCCUUCAUGACACGUCCUGAAUCAUUCCAGCCUGCAAGGGCUCUUAAGUUAGACUUUACUGGCUUGCUCACAUAGCCAGUUAUUUAGCUAACCAACGGUUUACCUUUCUACCUACUGAUUAGUUCAAGCAGGCCUCAGACUAGACAUUACAUGUUAACCUCAAGUCACUGUGCUGCUUGCAUCAUAUUGCUAUGUGGUCUAUGCAGCUCAUUGGGAAACUUAGCUUUGUUUUCUUUUGAAUACAAGCCUCUUCUUGGUAUUGCACACAGGAUGUCACCUCUUGGGGUUAGAUUGAGGUUGUUUCCAAUAGACCAUGUUGGAUGGGUUGUGGAAAGAAGCCUGCUGUAUAAUAUCUUACCUUUAGGCCUAACUAUAUGAAUAUUGAUGAUGUUUCCUUUUGAGUCUAGACCCUGUAGUACAGGGUGGGAAAAAUGUACUGCAUGUGAUAAUGUACUGGUCAUGUUUGAGCAUAAUGUAUUGAUAAUGUUUCCUGUAUAUACCAUGUCAUGCUGGCUGUGAGAAAAUCGGUGGUUGUAGCAGAAGACCUUUCUGAUAUAUAGGCUAUAGAUAAUGUAUUAACUGUAUGUGAUGAUAAUGUAUAUCUUCCUGUAGACCAUGUCAUGCGGGCUGUGGAAAGAAACCCUGGCUGUAGCAGAGGACUACCUGUCUGUCUGCAGUAUCGUCCCUGCCAGUGGGUCCCAGAAAGCCCCGCCCCCUCCUCCUCCCAGCGAAUCGGCUGCAGCCAUGCGACGCCUGGCCCGGGACAUGGAGGCCCAGCACCAGGCCCGCUUCCACACCCUGGCACACAGCUUCCUGUGCCAGUGCGGGCCGGACCCCUGCACCUGUCUGAGGAGGGUGAUGGAGGAGCUGGUGGGAGACGGACAGAUGAACUGGGGGAGGGUGGUCUCUCUGUUCACCUUCACUGGGGUGCUGGUCAGAGAACUACAGGGAGAGGACACUGACCAGGGGAAUGGGAUGGGGCUGGGGGGGAAGGAGAGCUGCAGGGCGCUGGCGGAGACCAUAGCAGACUACCUAGGAGAAGAGAAGAGUGACUGGAUGCUGCAGAACAAAGGCUGGGUAGGUUUGAGCAGUGAGCAUCACACACACAUGCGCUUAUGGACACGUGCACACACACACACAGGAUAAUUGACCAAACUGGUGGGAAUUAGAUAUGGGAAUCUGGGCUCAUAUCAGCAGCACUAGUCCUCUCUGUCAAGUUAAAAGAAGCAGUUGGACAAUGAUACAUUCUAUAGUCAUAAUAAUGUCUAUGAUUCAGACACAUUCUAUAUUGUCAUGAUAAUGUCUAUGAUUCAGACACAUUCUAUAUUGUCAUGAUAAUGUCUAUGAUUCAGACACAUUCUAUAUUGUCAUAAUAAUGUCUAUGAUUCAGACACCUUGUGGCUUCUUGCUAUGUGGCUGCUGCUUGCUGUGUUUAUGUCAAUUAGAGAGUGGCGUCAGCCAAGAAUGUCUGGAAUGUGUGUCUGUGCUACCAAGAUGAUGUUCAGGUCUAACCCAGGAAUGACUGUUCAACACACAGGCUUUUUAUGCUACACGAAAUGUGACAAUAUUGGGGGACAGUUUCCUGGACACAGAUUAAGUCUAGGGGCGGCAGGUAACCUAGCGGUUAAGAGCGUUGGGCCAGUAACGGGAAGGUCGCUUGUUCGAAUCCCCCGAGACGACUAGGUGAAAAGUCUGUGCCCUUGAGCAAGGCACUUAACCUUAAUUCCUCCUGUAAGUCGCUCUGGAUAAGAGCGUCUACUAAAUGACUUAAAUGACUGUAAAGGUUAAAUAUAGGCCUAGUUCUGGACUAAAGAGCAAGUUCAAUGGAGAAUUCCCAUUAGAAAAUGAUUGAUCUGUGUCUGGGAAACUGGCCCUAAGGUUUUUUUUAAUGCUUAUUAGAAAUGGGUCUUUGAUUUGUAAUGUGUUACAUAUCAGUAGGAUGUUAUAAGUGUGUCACAGUAGAUUAUACAUGUCAAUACACUCAGGGGUUUUACUGUGGUGUGGAUUAUAAACCCUGGUAGUCUGAGAGGUCAGAGAUCUACCUGUCACUUAAAAGAGGAGGGUUUGUACAAGGUAGCCACACAGCCAGUAUAGUCAUAUAAAGUGGAUCAGGGGUAGUGGGGUUACUGGGGUACUCCAAAACAACAUAGGACUGUAGUGCUGUGAAGAACUGGGGUAGCAACAAGCACAGCUGCAGCUCCAUUUGUUGACUGCUUUUGUGAAUUAACCACACCCCCCUCCUCUAGCCAGCUGGUCCCAACAGCCAUAUGUACUGUCUCUAACGUAACACUCUAGUGACCUCCAAGCACACAACAAUCAUUAAUACUCAAAUACUAGUCUGGAUCAGUACAACAAAAUAAGGACAGACGAACACAACCACCUGGGUCUGGAUCAGUACAUCAAAUAGACAGAUGAACACAACCACCUGGGUCUGGAUCAGUACAUCAACUAGACUGAUGAACACAACCACAUUUUGAAAUGGGCCUUACUAAUCACAACGCAGGUCUGUUAUAGCAGGGACUAGGGACUGUCCACAGGCAGCUGUCUCUGUCUGAAAACAUGAGAGGAAAUGGGGCUUUUUGAGCAGUAUUGAACUAAAACACUUUCUUGACUUCCUUAUUUUGACCUCUAGCCUGGUCCUUUGAUACACUUUUGUGCCUUGAAUACGUACGUGUUCAAUAAAAUAUAUGGAUCUAACCCUAACCCUCUCCGCUCUCUUCUAGGAGGGCUUCUGUAAGUUCUUCCACACAGCAAGAGAGGUGAAACAGGACUUGUCCAUGAAGACUGCUCUGUUUGCUGCCGCUGGCAUGGGCAUAGCAGGGUUAACCUUCCUCCUGGUCCGCUAACACACAGCACCUGCUGCAUCAUCAGUCUCAUUUCAAAGUAAUGACAGUGUGGUAGGUCUUUAAUGGGUUAAAUGGUGUCACAACAGGGGCGAAACAGUGUCUUGAAAAUGGAGGGGGGAGAGAGAGAAUAGUGGUUGGGACAUGUCCCCCUUCACCCCCGGUGAAUUAUGUCACAUUGAAGCAGGAUUCCAUUACAUGGUUUAGUUGUUUCAUUCGUUCAACCAUCAACUGAAUGUUUCCACAUCUUUCAGCCCCGCAGUAAUACCUUCAACUAUUACCAACUCUAUUAUUCAGUCAUACCUGGAGAUUGUAACACAACAAACUAAAUGCCUUCUGAAAUGAUGGAGUAUGUGAAUAUUAUUAGUUUGCAUAUCUUUCCCCUGUUAUGUUAUUAAAAUGUUGUAUUUUGUCAAAGCGAGCGCACAGGGACCACAUGUUGUGUUGACCACAACUGGACCACUAUGGUUGGUAGCAUUCUGUUCGACCGUGCAGCUACAUAGAUGACCAUUUUGAUGUUGAUGGCCGCUUCCCUAAUGGCGACUUCUUCCUUAUAUCAGGGGUAUCCAAGCCUGAAGUUUCCAAGUAGUCCUGGUUUUCUGUUCUACCUGAUAAAUAAUUGCACCCAACUGGU